UGUCAUUUGAGCGACUCGGCCGCAGGUCGCUUGACGUAACGGGGACGUCUCACGGCUGAUUAACUAAAGUACCAGCAGCCGCUAAACUCCUCGGAUCUCCUGCUUCUAAGGAACCGCAUUCUUCGUCCGCGCGAGACAACGAGCCGUUCACGAGCCGGAUGGGACGCGGAUUCUGAGAGAACAGCAACUUGCGCCGCUCUUUCGCUUCUGUGUGACCGCGGAGGCGCGACCACACCCUCCCCGCUUCCUCAUAGCGCUGCAGCGGGAGCGCGCGGCGCGACCCCGAGCCGCCGGGAAUAACGGCCGCUUCUCCCGCGGAGCAGCCCCCCCCCCCCCGAUGCACGGGGCUCCGCGUGCGCACACCGGAGCCUGCUAGGACAUGAGCGGCGAGUCCUCUCGGAAGACAUGCGGGGCUCCACGGCCAGUGGUCCCGAGUUAGGACGCGGGCACACGGACGAUGCAGCUGCCGGCGUGUAACCCGGGACUCUGCCUGAAAAAGAAGCGGUUGAAAGCGGAGUGACGGGACCGCGUCCCGGUGGAUUCGCCUCGGAGGAGCUCGUGAAGCGAUGGUGCCGGAGGGAAACGCGCUUCUUCCCGCUGUCCCAGAGAGCCGCCCCGGUGGAGCCCCGUUCGCGAGCAGCAUGAGUCCGCCAGGCCGGUCCAACUCCCUGGGAGCAAGUGGGACAAAACCUCGGUGCUGUUUCAGGCUGCGAGUGGACACGAAAUGAGAGGAGAGACUGAAAAGACAUUUAGGUCACUAGAUCGAAGUGUGGCGUUUUCUUGGCUAUGUUCACAAAAAGAAGCCGCUAUUGACUUUUCUUGUUUGAACGUUGUGCACUUUGCCUGUUAAAAGGUCACUGCAGCUCGUGUCCAACCUGUGAGGGACAACGAUGGUAACAUUGUCUUUUGGAUUACGCUGUUUAGGGCAUUUAAGUAAUUCGGACGACCGCAUGGAAUUCGUUACACUGAUCGUUCUGAACUUCACUAACUAAUGAGCAGCGGCGGUCGUAGUCGGGCUUUAGUGAUCGUACGAUUCCUACAGUAAAUGCAGUUCUUUCUACAUGUUUACAUCUGUAAUUCAUGACUUUUAUUCUGAAGGAGGUGGCCAGUUAUUUACACGUGUUUGUAGAAAACAGGGAGGUGAGGCUGCUCUUGGAAAUGUCUCCAACUGUAAGAUGCCGAUAAGCACACAUAACUGAUCCCCUCCACAAGAGCUGUUUGACCCCCGCCCACCUCCACCCCCUCCCCUCCCUAUUAUGGCGAGUGGUGGCUCUGGCAAUUCGGCUAGCGAGGGGUCCCCCGGCGUACCCGGCGUCACGCUGCAGCAGAGGAAGCGUCUCUCCUCCACGUGUGACACCUGCAAGGGCAAAAUGCAGCUGGUGGCCGACCUCCUGCUGCUGUCCAGCGAGACGCGGCCCGUCAUGACGUCUGAAGGCGUAGCGGUGGCCGACACCUUCGACCAGUGCCGCGACACCGUCAUCGCCAGGACCAAGGAGCUCUCCAUUCUCACCCACGACAUCCAGAGCCAGCUCAACAUGGGCCGCUUUGUGGAGGUGGGGGACCGCCUCGUGGAGGUGGCGGACCUGGUGGUGUCUCUGACCGAGUGCUCGGCCCACGCCGCUUACCUGGCGGCCGUGGAGACCGCCGGCUCUCAGCCCUGCCUGCCGGGCCUGGUGGACCGCUACAAGGUGACCCGCUGCCGGCACGAAGUGGAGCAGAGCUGCGGCGUCCUCCGGGUCACACCCCUGCCGGACCUCACCCCCCAGCUCCUGCUUGAGCUCUCUCAGAACAUCUCCACCAACCUUAAGAAUCUGACUGAUAUCUCCUCGCUAGCCAGCGAGAAGUCCAGGGACCGCUUUGCCAAGGAGCAGUUCAAGCUGAGCGUGAAGAGCAUGAGCACCAGCGGCACGGCCUUCCUGGCCUGCGUCAAGGAGGUGAAGAGCCAGCCCUGCGAGCUGACCCGCAGCCGCUGCGUCCUCUUCAGUGCGGCUCUGGUGCAGGCCGUCGGCGCCCUGGUCGGGUUCGCCACGGAGCCGCAGUUCCUCGGGAGGGCCGCGGGCAUCUCCCCAGAAGGGAAGGGGGUACAGACUGCGGUGUUGGGGGGAGCCAUGAGCGUGGUCUCGGCCUGCGUCCUCCUAACUCAGGGCCUCAGAGACGUUGCCCAGCACCCCGAGAGCAGCUCCAAGAUGGCCGAGUACCGCGAGCGCCUGCGUAACUCUGCGUGCGCCGUGUCCGACGGCUGCACGCUGCUCACCCAGGCCCUCAGAGAGCGCUCCUCCCCCAGGGCGCUGCCGCCAGUCAACUCCCAUUCUGUGAAUUAGUUUAGGAAGGCUCCUGCCCGCCGUGCCAGAGGGACUCGCCCGGGUCCUCGGCCGGCUGCGUGUUGGGACGCCGAGGAGUGCCAGUAACGCCACGGGGUUCUGUGUCGCGCUGGAUGUGGCUCCGACCCGGUUACUGCCGACCGCCCGCUCUCCGCGACGAACCUGAAAAGUUUACCUCAGUUUUCAGCGGCGGUGCCGGUGGAUGUGGCCUGCGGUUGGUCACCUGCUCCAUUACGUGUGCUUUGUGAGAUUAGAGGGGGGUCGGAGCGUCUCACUGCUUUGUUGUGGUUUUCAACUUGUGAAUUCUUAAUUGGCAAAAAGCUGCUGUGAGUGUGUGCCAUAGGUUUUACACUAUUUACCAGACUUCCCAUAGUAUUUUAAAGUGUUUUGAUCAUGCAUGUAAUGGAGUAUUUAUUUCAAUAAUUAAAAAUAUUGUUUCCGAAAUUGAAA